AUGGAUCAAUUACCUGACGUCACUCAAUCUCCAGCAAAACGCAAUCCGAGAGGAAAGUUUGUUUCUUCAAGUCAAAGAUUAAUGAUCAUCAAUGCGUAUAAAGCGAAAAUGAUUGAAAAUCCUGAAUACAAAAUGCUUCAUCUAAAAAAAAUACUUGCUGCACAACUUGGAAUCGGACAGUCAACAAUUUAUAAUACGGUAUUGGAGUACCAAAGAAAUAAAACCGUUUCUUCGCCAAAUAAAACCAAAAAUAGGGUCAAAAUAUAUGAUAAAGUAGAUGAAUUUGACAAAUAUGCCAUUAGGAGAAAAGUUCAUCAAUUUUGGCACAAUCGUGAAAUGCCUACGUUAAACAAGGUUCUAGUAGCAGUCAAUGAAGAAGCCAAUCUACCAAAUAUUUCUCGAUCAUCAUUGCAUCGAUUGUUGAAAUCAAUGGAUUUUGUAUUCACUAAGCGAGGUCGUAAUACUGCUUUGCUUGAAAGAGAAGAUAUUAUUCUGUGGCGGAGAAACUAUUUAAGAGACAUCAAGCGAUAUCGCGAAGAAGGUCGACCAAUUUACUACUUGGACGAAACAUGGGUGAACGCCGGAGAUGUCAAUAGUAAAAUAUGGGUUCAUAAGAGCGUUUUAACAGCUAGAAUGGCUUCGUCUGCGGGACUUUCAACUGGUGCAGUAAAUCCAACUGGCAAGGGAAAACGCUUAAUUGUUUGUCACAUCGGUUCCGAAGAUGGAUUUGUACAUGGAGGACUUUUGAGCUUUGAGUCAAAAAAAAAUACUCGAGACUAUCACGAUGAGAUGAACGGAGACUCUUUUCGUGAUUGGUUGCAAGGUGUUUUGCCCGGACUUAAAGAAAACGCUGUUAUCGUGAUGGACAACGCUCCUUACCACUCGGUAAAAACGGAGAAAUGCCCAACAACAAGCUGGAGAAAAGCUAACAUAAUUGAGUGGCUCCAAAACAAAGGAGAGGUAGUCGACAAAACAAUGAACAUUUUAGAGUUGUUAGAGGUUGUCAAGAAAAUCAAACCAUUGUACAAUAAGUAUGUUAUCGAUGAGAUGGUCAAAGCUAAUAAUAAAAUUGUCCUCAGAUUACCUCCUUACCACUGUGAGCUUAACCCUAUUGAGCUUGCAUGGGCUGCAGUGAAAAGAUAUGUGAGAGACAACAACAAAACAUUUAAACUACCAGAUGUCAAAAAAUUACUUGAAGAAGGGGUGAACAAAAUUGAUGGUGAUAUGUGGAAAAACUUUAUUCGACACGUGAAAAAGGAGGAAGAAAAAGCUUGGGAAUUGGAUAACGUGGUCGAUGACGUUAUGACUGCAGAGAACCAACCAUGCGUUCUAACCGUAGGCAAUAGCGAAAACGACACGGAUGAAAAAUCAGACGACGAUGAAGACUUUAGAUAUUUAUCAGACAAUUCAGACACCGAUUAA